AUCGAGGCCGUGCUCGCUGCCAUGCGUGCACAUCCCGCCAGCCAGCCUGUACAGCAGCAGGCGUGCGCGGCGCUGCGGGGCCUGGCUGUCAACGACGACAACCAGGUCAAGAUCGCGGAGCUUGGGGGCAUCGAGGCCGUGCUCGCUGCCAUGCAAGCACAUCCCGCCAGCCAGGAUGUACAGCAGCAGGCGUGCGCGGCGCUAUGGAAACUAACUUGCAGCGCCGACAACCGUGUCAAGAUCGCGGGGCUCGGGGGCAUCGAGGCCGUGCUCGCUGCCAUGCGUGCACAUCCUGACAGCCAGGACGUACAGAAGCACGCGUGCAAAAUGCUUUGCAACCUGGCUCUCAACGCCGACAACCGUGUCAAGAUCGCGGGGCUCGGGGGCAUCGAGGCCGUGCUCGCAGCCAUGCAAGCACAUCCCGCCAGCCAGCCUGUACAGCAGCAGGCGUGCGGGGCGCUUUGGAGCCUUGCUGCCAACGCCGACAACCAGGUCAAGAUCGCGGGGCUCGGGGGCAUCGAGGCCGUGCUCGCAGCCAUGCAAGCACAUCCCGCCAGCCAGCCCGUACAACAGCAGGCAUGCGGGACGCUUUUCAACCUGGCUGCAUGCGGGGCGCUAUGGAGCCUUGCUGCCAACGCCGACAACCAGGUCAAGAUCGCGGGGCUCGGGGGCAUCGAGGCCGUGCUCGCAGCCAUGCAAGCACAUCCCGCCAGCCAGCCUGUACAGCAGCAGGCGUGCGGGGCGCUUUGGAACCUGGCUUUCCACGCUGACAACCAGGUCAAGAUCGCGGGGCUCGGGGGCAUCGAGGCCGUGCUCGCAGCCAUGCAAGCACAUCCCGCCAGCCAGCCUGUACAGCAGCAGGCGUGCUUGGCGCUAUGGAGCCUGGCUGCCAACGCCGACAACCAGGUCAAGAUCGCGGAGCUCGGGGGCAUCGAGGCCGUGCUCGCAGCCAUGCGUGCACAUCCCGUUAGCCAGCCCGUACAGGGGCCUGCGUGCGGGGCAAUAGCCACCCUUGCUGCCAACGCCGACAACCAGGUCAAGAUCGCGGGGCUCGGGGGCAUCGAGGCCGUGCUCGCAGCCAUGCAAGCACAUCCCGCCAGCCAGCCUGUACAGCAGCAG